AUGCGUACUGCAGUAGGCAUCGAUUUCGGUACAAAUUAUUCAAGUAUUGCUGCGUUCCACCAUGGAAAACUUCAAAUCAUUCCGAAUAAUGAAGGAAAUCUUAAAACACCGUCUUAUGUUGCAUUCACUAAUGAUGAAAUUUUAAUUGGUGAUACAGCUAAAAGUCAAGCAACUAGAAACCCAUGUAAUACUAUAUUUGCUUUUAAACGUCUUAUUGGAUGUAAAUAUGAUGAUCCAACAGUACAACAUGAUAUGAAUCUUUGGCCAUUUAAAGUAACUAAUGUAGACAAAAAACCUAAAAUUCAAGUUCAGUAUAAAAAUGAAACGAAAUUAUUGACACCUGAAGAAAUUUCUUCAAUGGUCUUAACGAAAAUGAAAGACAUGGCGGAAUCUUAUCUUGGUAUAAAAGUAACCGAAGUGGUUAUAUCCGUCCCAGCUUCCUAUAAUUAUUCUCAAUUUGAAGCAAUAAAAAAGGCUGCUUCCAUUGCUGGUCUUAAUGUUUUACGCCUUACUAAUGCAGCUACAGCAGCCGCUAUUGCUUAUGGUUUAGAUAAAAAAGUAUCAGCUGAACAGAAUGUGCUCGUUUUUGGCUUGGGCGGCGGUACUGUUAAUGUAUCAAUUUUAACAAUUGAAGAAGGAGUCUUCCACGUUAAAUCGACAGCUGGUGAUAAACAUUUGGGUGGCGAAGACCUUGAUGAUCGAAUGGUUCAACAUUUCAUGCAAGAAUUUAAAAUAAAAAGUGGUAAAGAUCUACAAGAAAAUAAGCGUGCUAUUCGACGAUUACGUACUGCGUGUGAAAAUGCUAAACAUACAUUAUCCUCAGCAUUAAAAGCAGCAAUCGAACUCGAUUCGUUACAUGAAGAUAUUGAUUUUUAUUCAACAAUCAACCGUGCACUUUUUGAAAAACUUAAUGCUGAUUUAUUCUGUUUAACACUUAAGCCUGUUGAGAAAGCUUUAUGUGAUGCUAAAAUGGAUAAAACAGAAAUUCAUGAAAUUAUACUUGUCGGAGGUUCCACACGUAUUCCAAAAGUACAACAACUUUUACAGGAGUUUUUCAAUGGUAAAGUACUUAAAAGAUCAAUUAAUCCAGAUGAAGCUGUUGUCUAUGGUGCUGCUGUUCAAGCUGCCAUUUUAACAGGUGAUAAAUCUGAAGAUGUUAAAGAUUUACUUUUACUUGAUGUUGCACCACUCUCAUUGGGUAUUGAAACUACUGGUGGUGUUAUGACAGCAUUAAUUACACGUAAUACAACAAUUCCAACGAAACAAACACAAACAUUUACAACGUAUUUGCAUAAUCAAGCAGGUGUAUCAAUUAAAGUUUACGAAGGCGAACACUCGAUGAUAAAAGAUAAUCAUUUGUUAGGAAAAUUUGAAUUAUCUAGAAUUCCACCAACAUCACCUGGUGUACCAGAAAUAGAAGUUACAUUUGACAUUGAUGCAAAUAGUAUAUUAACAGUUUCAGCUAUAGACAAACUUUCUCGAAAUGAAAAUAAAAUAGUGAUUACAGAUGAUACAGAAUGCUUAUCUGAGGAUAAGUUUGAACCUCCUACGAUUUUUUGUGAUGAAAAGCAUGAAAAAGAAAACAAAGCUCAGGUUGGAUGUGCUGCUGCAAAGGUUUCACUUAAAUCCUAUUGUUUUAACAUGAAAACAAAAAUUAAUGAUAAUAAAUUGACAAAUAAAAUUAGUAGUUAUGAGAAGAAGAGAAUAUUCGAUGCCAUUGAAGAUACAUUGGCAUGGGUAGAAAGCAAUCAAGAAGCUAAGAAAAGCCAGUUUGAAUUUAAAUUAAAAGAAAUUAAACAAAUAUGUUCACCAAUAAUGACAAAACUAUAUUCAGCUGAAAAUCAUACUGGAGAAGCAACAUCCGAUACUAGUCCAUUUUAUAAAGCGUGCCGACACAAUGAUAUUAGUUCGGUUAAAAAUUAUUUGCAAACGAUAUCAGCAGAAGAAAUUAAUCAAAUAGAACCGAAUGGAUCUACUGCACUUCAUGUAGCUGCAUAUCGUGGACACGAAGAAAUAGUUGAACUAUUAUUAUAA